ACGUCUCUUUGUGGUGGCGUUGGGCUCCUCUAGCCCGCGCUUGCCGUCCUCUCACUGGUAGCGCGGGGACUGGCUGGGAAGCGGUCGGUCGAGUGUGGCCUGUGUGGACGCGCAUCUUGCCCGAAGCCAGGCGGAGGAGAGCUCAAGCUAAGGGUGAUCAGCCCAUGACCUAAACCUCCAGACAAAAUAAAACAGGGAAAAUUUGCUAGAAUCAAGAAUGAUGGAUCCAUGUUCAGUUGGAGUCCAGCUUCGUACUACAAAUGAGUGCCAUAAAACCUACUAUACUCGUCACACAGGUUUUAAGACUUUGCAAGAAUUGUCAUCAAAUGAUAUGCUUUUACUUCAACUUAGAACUGGAAUGACACUUUCUGGGAACAAUACAAUUUGCUUUCAUCAUGUAAAAAUUUACAUUGACAGAUUUGAGGAUUUACAGAAGUCAUGUUGUGACCCAUUUAACAUACAUAAAAAAUUAGCCAAAAAAAAUUUGCAUGUAAUUGACUUAGACGAUGCCACUUUUCUGAGUGCUAAAUUUGGAAGACAGCUUGUACCUGGUUGGAAGCUUUGUCCAAAAUGCACACAGAUAAUCAAUGGAAGUGUGGAUGUUGAUACUGAAGACCGCCAGAAAAGGAAACCUGAGUCAGAUGGAAGAACUGCUAAAGCUUUGAGGUCAUUACAAUUUACAAAUCCAGGAAGGCAAACUGAAUUUGCUCCGGAAACUGGUAAAAGAGAAAAAAGAAGGCUUACAAAAAAUGCAACCGCUGGUUCAGACAGACAAGUGAUACCAGCAAAGAGUAAGGUCUAUGAUAGCCAGGGUCUCCUGAUUUUUAGUGGGAUGGACCUCUGUGACUGCCUCGAUGAAGAUUGCUUAGGAUGUUUCUAUGCUUGUCCUGCCUGUGGUUCUACCAAGUGUGGAGCUGAAUGCCGCUGUGACCGCAAGUGGCUGUAUGAGCAAAUUGAAAUUGAAGGAGGAGAAAUAAUUCAUAAUAAACAUGCUGGAUAAUCUGUGGUACCAAACUAUGGAGCCUUUAAAGGUCUUUAUUUCUAAAACUCUGUUACUCUAAGAUACAUUUUAAGCUUGAUUAUCAUAUGACAAAGAUUUUAAAACCAUCUCAGUGUGCCCUAAUUUUUCAUCUUAGGUGCUUUAAGAUUCACUAUUUGAUAUAAAUUCAGUUAGGCUAUUUUUCAGUAGUCAGCGUUAAGCCUGUCUGGAUCAAUAUAAACAAGUAGGGUGUAGGCAGUCCUCUAUUUGCAUGUUUCCCAUGGGCACAAAUUUCAGUGACCUAGAUUUAGUUUAAAUACCAGUUUCCUUACUAGGAAGGAAGGAAAACUGGUAAGGAAACUGUUGUUAAAAUCUAGGUUAAAAUUUUAGUUAGCACAGUGUAACUCUGAGUAAUUACAUGAAGUACAAACCUCUCUGCUAGCUCUUCAGUCUACAGAUCACUAUGUAAAUAACAGAUAUGCUUCAUGAUUAGUGACCAGUUAUGUUACUUCUUUCAAAUUCUUCCAGUGGUUUGUCCCUGUGCAUCUGUUAUUCAGUUCACUUACAGCAGAGCAUGUAGUUAUGCUGUCCCUUUGUCAUCUACUUGACAUUUUAUAGAAGUGAACACUUGAAAGAACUGGUCAGCAAAGAUGAAAGUGCAACAAAGCAAUGAAAAAUGAUAACACUGGAAGUGAAAUUUUAAUCAAACGUAAAUGAAUUUUUAGAAGAAGUCACUGACCAUGGGAAUGUUGUUCUUGCUGCUGUGUAUUCAUAGGAGCUUAGUGAAGGCAAACAUCAACACAAAUAAGAAAAGUGGUUGCAAUAAAGACAAAUACGUCCCAGAGGAAGUGAUGGUUAAAAAAAAAAAAAACUUUAAAGGAUAUUUAAUGUGAAUAUAGAAAUAUUU